AUUCUUCGGGACAAUCUCUUGAAGAACAAGAUUCGCAUUCAAGCGCAACUUUUUAGCAUAUCUCUCAUUGCAUCAGCCUAUAUGAUUCCCUAAUUUCAAGGAAAUUCGAUGAAGAGUUCUGCCAUAUCGCACCCAUCCAAUUUAGACGGUCCCGGGGGGAAAAACGACGUCCAACCCGUCGACAAUGAAGAAAUGGCCAUGUAUGCAAUCAGUCCAGCUGAAUAUGCGAGUUAUUCCCUGACCAGAAAUACUUUUUCAGGAAAAUGACAUCCAUGAAAGAACUCCCCUGGUAUAUUGUCAUUCGCUCAGCAUAUAGCAUGUGCGUAGAUACCAUUAUAAAUUUAAAAAACCAUAUCCUCCAAUGUGCCAUUUAUUCUGCAUUCAUUCACCACAGCUAUAAAAAAUCAUUAUAAAAAGUCACUACAGACACUUCGAACUUUAUUUUAAUUCGCAAUUGCAAUCAGCGCGGUGACUGUCGGUCUCCAUUUCAAUGACACUUUUACUUCGCUUGAACUUUGUUCUACUUAUUGUGUUUCAUCUGAUCUGUGAUGCUAAGGCAAUAGUGACAGAGGGCAAUGACAAAAAUCCAAAUUGUCCAUCUAUAAAAUUGAAACGACAGUGGGGUGGAAAAUUCAGCCGCGUUAUAAAACAUCGUCCUGUGGCCGUCAAAUAUGUCGUGAUUCAUCACACGGUGACCAAAGAGUGUACCAAUUUCUUGCAGUGCGCAGACAUUUUACAAAACAUGCAACACCACCAUUUAACGACAUUAGAUCUCAACGAUAUCGGCUACAACUUUCUGAUAGGCAAUGAUGGCAUUGUAUAUGAAGGCACUGGCUGGUACAUUAAAGGCGCUUUUACACAUGGCUAUAAUGAAAAUGGUAUCGGUAUAGCUUUCAUAGGCGAUUUUAGAAAAAAAUUGCCUUCUCGAAAAGCUUUGAGAUCUGCCAAAAGGCUGUUGAGCUGUGGUACGGAAAUUGGUGUCCUGGAUCCGAAUUACGAAUUAUUUGGAGCAAUGCAGCUAUCUGCCACUAAAAGUCCUGGUUUGAUGUUGUAUAAUGAAAUUCAGGAUUGGAAUCACUGGUCUCCUCAUCCUCCUCGGAGAAUAUCAAGAAAUGAAUAUUCCGGGACACCUGAAGUAUUAAAAAUGUUUAAAUAUUUAUUUGUUUGUUUGGCUUUUAUUUGCGCUGUUCGUUUUGCAAUUUGCGAUGGCUAUGGCCAAAGAAGUUCGAAGACCCCCGAUUGCCCGCGUAUAAAACUUAAACGUCAAUGGGGUGGAAAGUUAAGUACAGAUAUUGAUUAUCGUCCAGUUCCUGUCAAAUAUGUAAUUAUUCAUCAUACGGUGACGCCUGAGUGUUCUACCUUUUUAGAGUGUGCUGAGAUUUUACAAAAUAUUCAGCAUUACCAUAUCAACACAUUGGAUUAUGAUGACAUUGGCUACAACUUUCUUAUCGGCAAUGAUGGACUUGUUUACGAGGGCACUGGAUGGUAUGUGACGGGUGCGCAUACAUAUGGUUACAAUCGCAAUGGCACUGGUAUAGCUUUCAUAGGAGACUUUAGUGCCAAAAAACCCCCACGGAAAGCAUUGGAUGUGGCUAAACAGCUUUUGAAAUGUGGCGUUGAAAAGGGAGUUCUGGAUUCACAUUACGAAUUAUUCGCUGGUUCUCAAGUCAUCUCAACACAGAGCCCCGGGUUGCUAUUGUACAACGAAAUACAAGAAUGGGAUCAUUGGUCCCCGAAUCCUUAGAUGUAGCAUGCUGUUUUGAAAUUCUACGACUAUUGCCUUAUUCCUCGACCUUUAAAAUUAUUUUUUAGUUUAUGUUUUGUUAUUAAAUUUUCGAGAUGUGAAUGCUAGUUUAAGUAAAAUGUAACUUUAGAGUAUUCUCGUGUUAGGCUAAGAAAAAUUUUUUAUCAAAUCCACAAAAAACAACAAGUUCUGAUCCAAACACAAAGUUACAUAAAUAUUUUUGCCUGGGCGUAGCCGUGAUUUUUCUAGUUUAAGCCCAGUACUGACUUCAUUCGCAUCGAAAUGCCUAUUAAAUUCUUGCCAUAAGACAAAGAAAAGUCACACAAUAAAACAAACAGAGGCAACGGCAUUGAAGCAGA